AUGAGCGAAGCACAGGAGCAGCAGGAACUGCCGAAGGCCAAGAAUCGAGUCGAUGUACAAGUGGGACUAGUUGGUGAUGCACAAGUAGGUAAAACGUCCCUGAUGGUUAAAUAUGUACAAAACGUGUUUGACGAAGAGUAUACACAAACUUUAGGGGUGAAUUUUUUGAAGAGGAAAGUUAGUAUACGUUCUACGGAUAUAGUAUUCUCAUUGAUGGAUUUGGGUGGACAAAGAGAAUUUAUCAAUAUGUUACCAAUUGCAUCGUUGGGGUCUUCAGCGAUAGUUUUCCUGUUUGACCUUACAAGACCAGAGACUUUGAGCUCAAUAAAGGAAUGGUACCGGCAGGCGCAUGGUCUUAAUGAGACGGCUGUGCCGUUGUUGGUUGGGACAAAAUAUGAUUUGUUUGUUGAUCUGGAUCCCGAGUAUCAGGAACAGUUAUCGAGAACAAGUAUGGAAUAUGCACAGGUUAUGGAUGCCCCACUGAUAUUUUGCUCGACGGCGAAGUCGAUUAAUGUGCAAAAGAUCUUUAAGAUUGCACUAGCAAAGAUCUUUAAAUUAACGCUUACAGUGCAGGAAAUUAAUGAUGUGGGGGAUCCACUUCUUAUCUAUAGGCAUUUGGGUAAUCAACGACAUGAUAGUGAUGAAGUGAGCCGAAGAAGUUCACCAUCUACGCGAUCUUCAACUUCAUGA